UCGUAAAUUCCUUACUGCACAAAUUAUUUAAUUUGAAGAAACUCACUUCACCCUCCGCUAACCACUUAAAAAACUUAUUGGAUACCACCACUCAGUGUCUGAACAAUCUUAAAAAUCAAGACAUACCUACGGACUCCUGGGAUCAAAUUAUUAUUUAUCUAGUUGUUCAAAAAUUAGAUACGGACACUCACAAAGAUUGGGAAGAGUACUCAUUUCGAGAAGACACGAAUAGAUUACCUGCCUGGGUUGAGCUAAGGACAUUUCUGGAGACAAAAUUCCGAUCAUUGGAGAUGGUGAACCCCACAACUAUUAAGGCGAAAUCUUUCCAUGUGACCACUUCAGAAGAUAACGACUUUGCCUCACCACCAAGAACGUGCUAUAUGUGUAAAGCUGAUCACAAUCUAUGUCACUGUAAAGAAUUUUGUAGCUUACAACCAUCAGAACGAUGUGAAUUUAUUAAGAAAAAUAGGCUUUGCUACAAUUGCAUGAUGAUGGGACAUUCAGUGAUAAGAUGUAGGGUACCGACAUCUUGUAAGAUAUGCCAUCGCCGACACCACACAUUAUUACAUACUAGCGACGGAGCAGCUGAAAAUGUAGAAUUACAUCACAGUCUAAUAGAAGAAGAAGAAGAAGCAGAAACUAAAUCAGAAAAACCAGAGCAAUCAGACAUUGCAAUAUCUACACACUUUGCUUCCGGAAAGUCGACAUCACUACUACCUACUGCCUUAGUCAUAGUAAAGGAUGAUGAGGGUCAUAAUACAAUUUUACGAGCUUUAGUGGAUCAGGGUUCUCAAGCCAAUUUUAUUACCGAGAGAGCAGCACAACUAUUGAAGAUAAAAAGAAUACAAGCUAAGGGAACAAUCACAGGGGUUGGUAAUACACAAACAACAGUUAAUCACAUGGCACAGCUCGAGAUCUUAUCUAAAUAUGAGGAGGAAUUUAAGCUUAGCAUAAAUGCGUACAUAAUGCCGACGCGAUUAACGACCCAAUUGCCAUCAAAACCUAUUACAAGUACAGUCUAUACGUCACAUAUACAAGGAAUCACUCUAGCUGAUCCAAGCUUCAACACACCAGGGCGAAUCGACAUGUUGUUAGGAGUUGAAGUUUAUGCUCAGAUAUUGAAGGCUGAUAUUCUGAACGGUCCUCCAGGCUCUCCAUGUGCUCAGUAUACAAGCCUCGGCUGGAUUUUAUUCGGAGAUAUACAUGAAGAAACUUCACAAGAACAAAUACUUGUAACGCAUCAUGAAUUCAAGGUAGAUGACAUGAGGGACGGAGAUACAGAUAUAACAAGAAUGUACACUAAAGAUAAAGAAGAUUGUGGAAACAUAUACAAGGAAACACGUAACAGAAAUGAAGAUGGGCGAUACCGAACAGAAAAUCCAAAAUCAAAGAGGCUAUUACAGCUAGAAAGGUGUUCCAAGAAGGAUAAGAAAUUAAAGGUUAAAUAUACACAAAUAAUGAAUGAAUACGGUGAAAAGAGACCUAAUAUAGAACGAAAUCCUAAAGACGAAAGAAACAAUCCAGGCUUUUAUCUAGUUAUCUUUUAUUUUAUUUUUUAUCUUUUAAUUCAUCGUCCAGUUUUUAAAUACGAUAUUCAAACUACGCAGACUAGUUCGAUAUUCGAUACCUCAUAUAUAGGUACAAAAUAUAAUGUAGCAUUCAACAUCGAAUUGCGUUUGAAAAAUGUAGAAUAUGUCUCAGACAUACAAAAGAUAAAUCAACAGUUUCCCCAACCAACCACCAAGGAAGAUAAGGAUUUUCAACGCAUUCUUUGGCACCCUAACAACCAAUAUCCAGUUAAGGAGCACCGUAUCGUUAUGGUGACGUUUAGUACUGCAUGUGCACCAUAUCUCGCGGUAAAAACUCUUCACCAAAUUCCCAGUGAUGAAAAGCAGAUUAACUUGGGAGAUGACAUGCUGAAGUUUCAUAUAAAAUUACCGCCUGUGUUGUUUAUCAUAACAAAGAGAAAAAUAUUGUCUGAUAUACAAACUCGGUUUACUCCUCUUGGUUGUUUGGCUCCUUCACUUGUACCUGCAAAAUUAAUUAUACAAAAGGUAUGGCUUCGAGAUUUACAGUGGGAAGAAGAACCGGAACCUGAAAUUAAAAAUGAAUGGUUAGAAGUCAGAGAAAGUUUAAAUGGCGUUACACAUACAAAGGCGAAUAGAUCGUUAGACACUUUACAAAAAACUUUGAAGGAGGUUACUAUACUUGAAUAUUGUGAUGCUUCGAUGAAGGCUGAGGAAGCCGUUCUCCUCUUCAAGUCACUGAAACAAAUCGGCGAGGCGAUGCGAAUGUAUAUGACCCAAAUAUUCCAACUCUAUGAUCGUAUUAUCAGAGCUACAAGGAGACCCUAAUAGACGGGCCAGAUCUUUGUUAGAAAUAGGGCGAUCACAAUACUCGAGAAAGUUGAAAAUAAAUGGUACCACAUGCAAUACCAAAACAGAAGAAUUUAGCUGUAGAAAGAUUAAAUAAUGAAGAUACCGAACAAGAGAAGGUAAAACCAAUGGAUACGUACUUGAGCUGAGUGUUAAGGUUGUAGAUACCACUUCAGUUUGUAAAAAAAACUGAAGGAAAGCCUCCAGGAAAGGGACAUUUAGGACAGAUAGUUAAUAUACAUCCUGAUCCCGAUAGACUCACUAGAGUUUAUAGUGUGAAAAGUGGAUACAGCAAUGUAAACCGAUCUAUUUCUAUGUUUUGUUUUAUACCAGUUGAUCUAAUUAAGUAAUGAAUUAAUGAAUUUUUUCAUAAAUUAAUUU